AUGAUCACAAAAAGCAAACAAGCAAGUCAGCACGCCGCAGACUUACGAGAGACGUUCCUUACCCUUCGAAAGCACCAAAUGAAACUCAAUCCUGACAAGUGUGUGUUUGGAGUUACUGGAGGGAAGUGCCUUGGCUUCCUGGUAGACGAGCGAGGCAUUGAAGCAAAUCCUGAUAAGAUCCGGGCUAUACAGAACAUGAGAUCCCCCACCUCAAUAAAAGAAGUACAAAAGCUCACGGGGUGCGUGGCUGCUCUUGGAAGAUUCCUUUCCAAGUCCGCGGAUAAAUCAGAAGCAGAAGAGUCCUUCCGCCAACUUAAAGAGCACCUGUCCACCUUGCCAAAACUAGUUUCGCCCAUCAAAGGGGAGAAGCUAGUCCUAUAUGUCUCUGUCUCCGAAUAUUCGUUAUCCGGAGUACUGGUAGCAGAAAGGGAAAAGAAACAGCUUCCUAUAUACUAUGUAAGUCAUGCAUUCCGUGGCUCGGAGGGAAACUACGGUGAAGUCGAAAAAGUCAUAUUCGCAAUCGUCAUGGCAAAUUGGGCAAACCAGCUAGCGGAUUUCGGCAUUGAAUAUGAGCCUCGAACAGCAAUCAAAGCCCAAGCUUUGGCGGACUUCAUUGCUGAAAGCACUCUCCCCUAUCAUCCUGAACCCAAUCAGGAAUGGAAGUUGUAUGUAGAUGGGUCCUCUACCCAAUCAGCAAGUGGGGCUGGACUCCUCAUUGUGUCUUCCGCCGGGGUCCGUAUGGAAAGGGCGGUCAGGUUCGAGUUCGCAGCAUCCAACAACGAGGCCGAAUAUGAAGCAUUAUUGAUGGGACUGAGAAUUUGCUACGAAACGGGAGCCAAAAAAUUGUCCGCCUUCUCUAACUCCCAAUUGAUUGUUGGACAAGUGAACGGGGAAUUCGAAGCUAAAGAUGACAGCAUGAAAAUGUACCUGCAGCAAGUAAAGGAAUUUGUUCAAAAAUUCGACAAGUUCACGUUGGAGCACAUUCCAAGAUCCCAGAACGCCCAGGCUGAUUCCCUGGCAAAGCUUGCCAGCACAGCAGAAACAUCCGCGGCUCGAGACAUAAUCUGGGAAGUGCUUCCUAACCCCAGCAUCAACUUCAUGGUCGAUACCAUCGACAGAUCAGAAACAUGGAUGGAGCCAUACAUCGAAUAUUUGCGGAAUCAGACGCUUCCCCAAGAUGAAUGUCAGGCCAAAAUGCUCCGGAAGAAAGCCAGAUGGUUCGAACUCCACGAAGGAACGCUCUACAAGAAGUCAUAUACACACCCCCUCCUGAAAUGCGUAUCCCUUGAAGAAGGAAACUAUAUCCUCCGCGAAAUACACGAAGGUGGAUGCGAUAGGAAGGAAGCCAUCUAA